AUGCAGAUUUUCGUUAAAACAUUGACUGGGAAAACGAUCACUUUAGAGGUUAGUGUAAUUUAUUUGGUGACACGUGCGUUCAGAUUAAACGCUUUUACAACUGAUUUAGUGUACGUAAACCAGAGGGAAUGACCCGUACAGACGUCGCAGUAAUGCUAUGACAAGGAUGUUUUAUUUCCGUACACAUUUAAGCUAACUUACUGACAUUAAGGCUAAAAUGAAAAACUUUGUUCUGUUAAAUUUCCUUCCAACCCCAUACAUGUAAAACUUAUAAUGCAUGCAGCAAUUUCACACAAAUAGUUAACUUGAGUCGAAACAUGUACGCAUAUUCAGUGUAUGGGGCUUUAUGGAAGUCUUGCCAGAAUUUUAUCUCAAGUUUACCCUGGCUGGGAUCAACCAUAUUUGUAGAGCUAUUAAAUCUCCAACUUUUAAGUUUCCCUUUUCAAAUUGGUGAUCAUGUCUCACUCAUUAUCCCUAAUCAAGGCAAACUUACUUGUUCUUUAAAACUUGUACUUAUAUCUGCCUCGCUUUCUAUCUAAAACUUAUCUUUCUUGUUCUUUAAACACUUGUCAUGGCCUGUGAGCCACCAAGCAACUUACCGUUCAAGAUGCUGUAUAUUCUGUAUUUGCAACCCAAACAGUUUUGUCUUUUCUGUCAUUGGAAGGCAUUUAAGAUCAUUGUAAUGACCAUUUGAUAAUUAUCAAGGACAGAUCAAGAGGCACACACUGGACUGGCAGUGUGUGCCAGGUCUUUUUUAAAUAUCCGUAGUUGCUUGGAAUGUCUCUUUCAUUGCUGACAAGUUGUACAAGUUAUGACUAAACGAGCCAAAGGCCCAAACAGCCCGAGCUUAUCCUGGUUUCAUUAGCAUGAAGCACCUAGGAGUAUUGCUACUCCCCCCUGGACGGGAUGCUAGUCCAGCGCAGGGUUAACCCCCAGCAGUUUGUUGCUGGUACCCAUUUAUACACCUGGGUGAAGGGAGACAAAGUGAAGUAAAGUUACUUGUUUAAGGAAACAAUGUGAUGGGCCAGACUUGAACCCCAGACCUCCAAAUCCAGAGUUUGAGAUGUUAACCACUGAGCCACACAUGCCUCCACAUGACUGUAUACUCUUAUUGAUUUAUUGUAGGUUGAACCUAGUGACUCAAUUGAAAAUGUAAAGACAAAGAUUCAAGACAAAGAGGGUAGGUUGAACUCUGGUUUAAUGUAAAAUAAUUUUUUAGCGAUUUGACAAAAAUAUGUUGGUUGCAUCAUAAAUGACUAGGCAUUAGGAACUCAUAUGGAAAUCUUUGACUUAUUCAGGUUCCCCUGCAAAAUUACAUUAACAUCUAGUACAGAACAAUGAUUGUUCUGUACAAGAUUUUAAUAUAAUUUGGAUAAAAAAAUUUGAAUAUUUUAGGGCUUGAAAUAAUUUCCCGGAUGGCACAAACCACAAACCUUUUUUUGCUCAGACACAACCCAUUUUUGGCCAGACAAAUGUCUUUCAUCUAGGAUUACAGUAAAAUACAUGCGGACUAUUAUAAAAAUACUUUACAACACUACAAACACUCUCCUGAAUUUCCGGUGACAACUUUAUAGAGGACAAAGCCAUAAUUUUUAUCGUGCAAAUCCCAGAAAAUGAAAAACCACCUUUACUGCCCUGGUGCCAAGUGCUUCUGAAAUUUCACACAGUCGCAGAGCUGGGAAAUUCAGGUAAAUCCGUGAAAUUCAGUAGAAGUCUUUCCAAAUACAUGUCAGAAUCAACAUAUUUGAGACUUAUCUCAGCUAAUGGGGCUGUUUUUGCCAUAAACUUGCAAAUUUACAUGUACAGUACAGCUGAGAGAUAACCGUCCACGUUAACGCGCAAACUAUUUAGCGAGAAGUUUGUUAACACAAGUCCAUUUACUAACACGCUUCAAAAACAGGCUUGCAUUAGAACUGAUUAGUAUGUAUCAGCUAGUUUAUUGUUCCUGGUUUAUUGUUGUCGCAACAGCCGCAACAAAAGGCUUAACAUCGUCUACAAGACUCUGCAAAAGACUGAAGCAGGGUUUCAAUUCUAUACACAGUAAUCGACUGCUUGAUUUCACAAUACCAAGUAGAACAAAAGACGAACAAACACAAGAUUACUUGAAGACUAAUUUUUCAGUAAUCUUUUAGCUUCUCUCAGUCACAAAAAACUUUCUACUCUAUAAAAUGAUAAAAUCUACUCAUUGUUUAAUUCUUGCAAGAAAUUCCUGAAGUAUGCAAAUUCAAGAUACAGUAUCAGUUGACAACUCUUCAGGAAAUUUGCAUCGAUUCACAUGACUCGGAUGAUACUUUGCGUCAAAACGUUAAUAGAAAUGUUUGAACGGUGUUUUGCAUCAUUGAAAUAGCAGAAGUCGUCAGUUCACCAGUUGAACUUUAAAACAAUCGAUGACUUUAUAUCUGUCAAAUCCACAAUUAAAGGAAGUUUGUGUAAAUAAAUGUUCGAUCAACGGCGUGUAAGCAAAGUCUCGAGGCGCUUCUCAUUGCUUUUGUUCUUAUGGCUUGUCUUUCAAAUUCAACUUGCCGAUAUUUUUUUUCAAUUGCCUGUUUGUGAAUGUCCAUUGGCAUUAUCACAGUUGAAUUUCUGGUCAUCGGUGUCUAUAGUCUGGGUGUUUUUUGUUGGAAACAUUGCUUGUACCUGAAUUGCUGUUUCGUGAUUCAGAAUAGCAUCUCAGUUUGAUAUUUCGCCUUUCACUUUUUGUGAGACAUGAUUGUGGAUAUAAAGGUUUGAUUUGAAUAUACAUAUAAAGCUUCGGAAAACUUCAGAAACCUCCAAGAAGUUCAGAGCUUUGAAAGCAAUAUUAUAUAGACUGGUGCAAUGCAAUCCACUUUUGAAACAUCACACAAUUUGUCAUCAGUUGCAGUCAUAAGCUUGGCAAUGAAACAGUUCAUGUGUAUCAAGUUCCAUCGCGAAAAAAACACAAGCCCAAUUUUAUGAGAGAUUAACUCAAAAUUUAAAGAAUGUGCUAUAUUUCCUUCUAGAAUAAAAACCAUUGUUUCUCGAAAGUUUUCAAGGAUCAGGAACGCAAUUUCAGAGCCAAAGAUUGGUCAUGUUACAGACGGAUGUGCUUGUUACCACUGAUGGCCAGAUAAGCCCAGAAUUGUUUGACGUUACAGAAUAGACAUGCUGUUAUUUAUAUACACUGUUUGUUUGCAUUUAGAGUAGGCAUUUGAAACCAUACUAAAAGAAAUGAAGCUUGAUAUAGAUGUCCUGGAAGAAAGAUUCGCUUUAUAACUGCAAUUUGUCUUGUUUUGAGCAUACAGUCGCUUGCGCCGUGUUGUGUUAAUAUUAAUAAUAAUAAUAAUAAUUUAUUUCUUAUUAGGCACAAAUUAACGUCUGAAUAUUAUCAAAUGCGCCUUACAAUUAUAACUUUCUAUAAUAAUUACAACAAAGUAUACUCAAGAAACCUAAAAUUUAUAAUCUAAAAUUUUCUUGUUUAUUUUAUUGUUACAGCUGUUUGUCUAUGUAAAAUUAUCAAGAAAUCAGUUUUGGGUGAAUCUUUUGCUUUCUGUCCUGCAAAACUCUAUCCUCAACUUGAUACUUGAUAGGCUAAGCUUGUUCUCGAUUUUAUAUCCGUUAUACAUGUAGUUACCCAGGGUAGGGAAAACAAAGCGAAAACAAUGAAGCAUUAAACAGUGCAUAACAAAAGUGAAAGCUAGUUUUAAAAAUGGGCUUUCAAACUAGUUAACAAUUUUGCGUUAAUGCAGAAAAUGUGUAUGUCUUUUGCAUGUCCGUUGGUCGCUUAUCUCUGAGCUGUACUGUAUCUUGAAACUUCUCAUUGCAACUAGAAAACGGCCCAAAACUACCAGGUGUUCUCAGACUAUUAUUGCAAAAAACUGGGCACUGGCCAGUGCAUGAUAUAAAAAGCUUUGCCAUUGGUGCAUUUCUGAGCUCAUUGUUGUUAAAAGAGCAAAUGAAGAUCUCUGAUAAAAAAAACCUUGUGCAAGACAAUAACCAAGUCCAAACAAGAUCUUAAAGCAAAUGGGGGCUUUAAAACCAAAAUCACCAGUUCUAAAAAGGCAACAUUUUAAUUUAUAAGUAGUCGAUGUUUCUGUUGUUGUUGUUGUUAUUGCACAAGCUACCGCUCAACAUUCCCCCUGCCCCAAGAGAAAAAAAACAAAAAUUGGCACAAAAUUGUUGUUUUUUAAUGAUUGUUUUUUGGCAAAAUUUUCCUGCAAAAUCAGCCAUUUUUUCCGCAAACUUGUCUCUAAAAAUCCCACCAAAUUUGACUUUUUUCCGCGACCUAUCAAAGGCCCUGUCAGCAUGCAAAGAAAGAAGUGUCCGAUAGUCCGGGGCUAGUGGACUUUGUUAUUGGGCUAGGGAAUUUUGUUUUUAAAUUGCCCAACAGGCAAGUGAAGUUUUUUGAGAAAUUCAAAUGACAGAAGAACUGUGAAAUCAAUCUGCUCAUCAAAAUGUUUUUGGGGCUAGUUGAAAUGAUGUUUGGGCUAGUAAAUGUUAGCCUCAGCUUGCCCGAAUGGCAAGCUGUAAAAAUGACUUUCUUUGCACCCUGCCCUGUGUUAUGAAUGGUUUACAGCUUCUUGAUCUGGUCACCUUUUUCUCUCUUUCUGCCCCCACUUUUUUUCCUUCACGAACAUCAAUAAUGUCCAAUCUUGACCUAUCGUAUUUUGAAAAAGUGAAGGUCUGAAUUACAUUAGAAGCAUAAAAGAGCGGACAAAAUGUCCAGUCAUCUAAGGAUUUGACUGGACAAAACCUAUUUUUGACGGGACAUUGUCCAUUGACCAGCCAUUAAUUCAAGCCCUGCAUUUCUCUCAAACAGGUAUUUUUGAAAACAUAGUUGCCUGAACAUAAUAUUUACUCAUCCAAACAAACAGAAGCAAAGACCAAAAUCAAAGACUCAAUAUCGGUAAUCAUGUUGUUUAAAUUUGAUUUUCUAUUUCCAUGAGAAACAAAAUUUUAUGGUGAUGGAAUUCCUUGUUCUGAAAUAAGAUUAUGCUUUGAAAGGUGCACUCUUGUAUAUUUAAGCAAUAGAAAAUGUUUUCCAUGUUUGCAUAACCUGGUAUAAACACACGAAGGGUUGGGAGAAUUUGAGACAGUUAUGUUCAUCUUGGGUUUGCGUAACUUUUAAGAAUAAUUAUUCUCCUAACCCCUUGAGUGUUUAUAUCAGGCUAUGCAAAUAGAGGGAAACAGUUUUCUUCUAUUGCUUUUAUAAAUUAACUUUUCCGAGAAAAUAUUCCAAACUCUUUCUUAUGGUACUGAUUAAAAGAGAAAUUCUUACCCAGUGGCAAAGUCUUGUACACAAAGUCUUGCUUCUAAAGAUUUUCCAACUUUCAGCCGCCAAGGAAAUGGGUAAAAAAAGUAAACUUGUCAAGUUUUCAACUCAAGAGCUUUAUCAAAGUUAUGCUUGCAUGAUUAGCACACGAAAAGCAAAACAUCUUGAUAUCACAACCAUGUUUGCCUACUCUCUUGCAAACAUGUCUCUUGGCCAAUCAGAGUGCGCAUACUAUCUCAGUUAUUUUACAAAUGCCAACUGAACACUUCGAUAACAAUUUACAUCUCAAUAAUAUAAUCCGUGCUGGCUAUAUACAUGUACUCCUUACAGAACUAAAAAUGUUUAUUUUGCACUUUGUGAUCUAAGUCCCAGAUCCACUGUGUGACAGCACAACGAAGUUGACUAUUGAUGUUAAUAAUAAUGAUACUGUGUUAUUAGUAUGCUGGACAAAACUCUUCGGGAUUGAUGUUUUACUAGACAAAAACAAAAUACGCCAAGGAAUCUUGUCCUUUAAACUUCAUUAAAUUCCUUACGUAAAAAAUAUUUUCAUGUUGAUCACACAAGGAGGACUUGUGUUACAGUGUAUCCAAACUUGGUAAUGAAAUCACAAAGGUACGCAAAAUCAUGUGAUUUCUAAAAAAAACAAUUCAAAUAUUUUUCACUGAAAACGAAGUGUUGUUGAGCAACUUGGAGUGAGUCAUUGACAUACAGCACUAUAAUCCUUUCAUACAUCAGUUUAGAGAGUCAAUUAUUCAAGUUACAAUGCUAUCACUGGAGGGCCACAAGGCAAAUCCAACAGAGUUGUUUCAAGCUGUUGUGCAACAGAAUGUGAGGAAAUGGCAAGCUCCAGGGAGAAGAGCCGAGAAAUAAGGUCCAGCAACUAUUCCAGAGGCCGAAAUAGCAGUGCCUGAAGUUCUUGGCUGACUACACUUUAACACAGUGCUCAGCAUUUUGUGGCUGGUAUGAAACGCAAGCAACAGGCCACUAUCUUCAAAACAGGUCAAAGACCGAUUUAUUGGCAAGAAGCUAGAGUUUUGAGACGAUGAAAGUCGGAGGAAGGUGCCAUAUUUCAGUGGUCAAAUAACUUGCAGACUGUAAACAAGUUUUCCCUCCAAUUUCUGGUUGAGUGCUGUUCAAAACAUCCACAAACAUGUCACGAUGACGCUUCGUUAUGUGAUUCCUUUUUCUUAGAAAUGACGUGAUUUUGCAUACAUGUACCUUUGUGAUUUUGUUACCAAGUUUGGAUAUGCUGUAACACAAGUCCUGCUUGCGAGAUCAACAUGAAAAUAUUUUUCCAUGUCUGAAAUUUAUAAAGUUCAAAAGGGAAAAAUAAUAACACAUCGAUCCAGAUCCAAAACAGUUUUGUCCAGUGUACUAAUGAUAUUGUGUUGUUCUAUAUGCAACAAGACUUGCAUUAAAAAUUUACCCUUUUCCUUGUCAGGCAUUCCUCCUGAUCAGCAGCGAUUGAUUUUUGCUGGCAAACAGCUUGAAGAUGGAAGAACACUCAGUGAUUAUAACAUCCAGAAAGAGUCAACCCUGCAUCUUGUCCUUCGUCUGAGGGGAGGGGGUAAGAAAAGAAAGAAGAAGAACUACACUACCCCCAAGAAAAUCAAGCAUAAGAAGAAGAAGGUGAGUGAGAUGCUCUGUUUAAGAUGGAAGUGCCUUGCUUUUAGUGAUUGCACAUUCAUCAUCUAAAGUUGUCCAUAGUCUUGUACUUUAGAAAGCAGGGUUCUCAUUACGUUUUAGAGUAGACAGGUAUGCUGUAGGCAAUUUGAGGCUUUCACGCCCUCACUUUUCCCAUUUUCUUCCAACAGUAGAUGCCCCAGACCUCAAAGUAGCUGGUUUUUAACCAGUUACUGGCACUUAAUGAGAACCCUGGGAAAGUAAUCAGAUAUAGUUGGCCAAAGUUCAUGCAGCUUAAAUCUGCCAUGUGAUGACAGGGACCCACAACUUAACUUCACUAACUUGUCUUCUCUAAGAACAGAAGUUACUGAAAAUUGUGACAAACCUAAAAACACCCAUGAGAAGCUGUUGUGAGCUUCAUUUAGGGUGAAGGUUUAUUCCACAGAAAUGCAGGCUUUUAUGUUCUUUUUUUGUUGUUUUUACAUUCUGCUCCUUUUUUAAAAAAGUACCUGGAGGAUCAUUUUAAUAACAAAACAGACAAAAGUGCAAUCCCUUUUAGAUAACAUGUCCGGAUUUGUGAUCAUACUUUCCGCAUUAUUACUACAUGCAAUAAAUUAUUAAAAAGCAGUGUGGAAAAGGUAGUUUCUGAUCAUAAACCUCAAGGGGUAAACGUGAUGUUUCCUUCCACCUUUAGGUCAAGCUGGCAGUGCUGAAAUACUACAAAGUUAAUGAAAACGGAAAGAUCCUGCGCCUGCGGCGAGAAUGCCCAGGGGAUUCUUGUGGGGCUGGCGUUUUCAUGGCCAACCACUUUGACCGCCAAUACUGUGGCAAAUGUUGCCUCACCUAUGUGUACAGCAAACCUAAAGAUGAAGGCAAACAAAAAUAAUUUGAAAUAAAGUAGCUGUGAACUUUUCAGUCUUUUUUUGCUAUAGUUUCUUGUUGGGUUUGAGGGUUGUGCAGGUGACUUGUUACUACAAAGUUAAUGAAAACGGAAAUAUCCUCUGCCUGCGGCGAGAAUGCCCACGGGAUUCUUGUGGGGCCAGUGUUUUCAUGGUUAAAUUACUAUAUAGCAAAGCAAACUUGUUCCCGGGCCCUCUCUUCUCUCCAUUUCCUGGAGCCCUGGGAAUGAGGGGAUCUUGCAGCUCCAGAUUUUCAUGUGUGGCAUUUUUGACUAUUUCUCUUUCAUUCUAAACAUGAGAAAUAGUACAAGAGUGCUGGUGUUAUUUUUGUUUGUUGGGGUGCAGUCAUUUGCAAAAUCCGCAAUUAAAUAAUUGUGAAAUUCUGACUUUAUAGGUUUCUUAAGCAAAGUACCAAGCUUUUUGAAAAAAAUCCACUUUUCAGCAUAAAACGACCAAAUCUGUCUAUUUCAUGUAAAAUCAGG